GCAAUCUCGGAGCGCGUGCCAUAGAAGCUCGCAACAAUGAACGCGUUUGGUGGCGCUGCGACGACGACCCGGCCGCCGGAGAAGGGCGCGUUCCCGCUGGACCACUACGGCGAAUGCAAAGAGCAGAUCAAGGUCUACUUGGCGUGCCUCCGCGAGAAGAGCAACAACCACAUCGAUUGCAAGCACCUCUCGCAGCAGUACCUUCAGUGCCGCAUGGACAAGGGUCUCAUGCAGCCCGAGAACCUCGAGAAGCUUGGCUUUGACGAAAAGAGCUACAAGACAGGCCGCGCCCGGUCGUUCGAGGGCAAGCGCGAGAAGGAAGGCUUCGUCGCCGGCACUGGCAUCAAGGCAAUGCCAACACCCAAGAAUUAACGCAAUUUACGAGUAGAGCGCACGUAGUCUCGUUCGUUGUUGCAUCGCUCGUUGUCCGCCUGACUACGCCCUUCGUGCAGGGUCGAUACUGUGUGC